AGCACCCCCACGCAGACACUUUGGGAACCACAGCGCGCGGGGCUGCAAACCGCUCCCACAGCACGCAGAAAUAUUUCGGUGCGUCGGCGAACAAUCAACACAACUUGUUUCUCUUUCACCACUCUCUUCUUCUACUACUUUCCGCCUGCUGUCUGUCUCCUAUAGGCUUUGCCGGCGCUGAGUGUGGGGAGGGAGGGCAUUCAUUCCUUUCCGUACCCGAUCGCACCUCUCUCUCUCGCUCUCUCUCUCUCUCGCUCUCUCUCUCUCUCUUUUUCUUUUUCCUCUCCUCCCCGUACAACCUCCCGGGUUUUCAAACGCGAUGACUGUCAAGGCGAACGCGUGAGCGGAUCCCACAGGUGUGUUGUAGUUGCUGCCAACUGAGCCGCGGCUCCUGGACACUCACACAGACACACCUGGAAACUGCCACAUGACUCGGCACCUGGGCGUGGAGAAAGUCCCUGAUAUCAUACCCAGAGUCUUUUGUUGAGGAGUUGCCCGGGUCGCCUUUCAACCGGAAUUGACACAUUGGUCAACCAGGUAGCCAGUGUUUUCAUCGGAUAGUGCCUUUCUGAAACCUCUCACGGGACGUGUGAGGAGAGUAAAAUGUGAACUUGAUUACGGACUUCUUUCUUUUUCUUUUCCUUUUUUUUUUUUUACUAUUUCACCAGAGGGCUCUUCAAUAUCUGGACUGUUCGCGUUUUUGCAACUACUCGCUUCGCUGUUUUUCCUCCAAGUUUUCUCAGAUGGUUUAAACUGUCCUCUCCUGGAUGCAUGCGCCUCAUUUCAAAGAGCGUUGGAAUAUUUUUAAGAGCCCAGGCCCUUAAUGAAGCUGGGGGUCAGCAGUAGUGUGCGGCUAAUUGGCCAAAUUUGCCUUGGGCUCGGGCUGCCUGUGAUUGAAGUGUCCAGUGAGGGCCCACCGUGCAGCCGCCGCUGCACCCUGCUUUGUUCCACUCCAGCAGCCAAGACGCUCACUGCACCCCUGUCUGCCUCUCCCUAAGAUGGCAAGCUGGGUCUCCCUCCUCCUCUUUCUCUUCUGCCAGUCAGUCUCACGAGCCCAGGAGGAGAGCAGCAACGUCCUCAUCCUGGAGUUCACCACAGAGACCGCCAUCAACAAUGUGGUCCAGGACCCCCAGACUGGUCGAAUCUACCUGGGGGCUGUCAACACCAUUUUCCAGCUGGGGCCGUCGCUCCACCUGCAGGCUCGUGCCGAGACGGGCCCCAGAGAGGAUGCCCGGACCUGUACGCCUCCUGCUUCUGCCUGCCAGGACACAAAGCCCAUGCCCAACCUCAACAAGCUUCUGCUGGUCCAUCCGUCCAACGGUUCACUCAUAGUCUGCGGCAGCCGCUAUCGAGGCAUCUGCUCCCUCCUAAACCUGACCAAUGUGGAACAGCAGCUGUAUUACAGUGACAGUAAAGGAGAGAGGACUUACGUGGCUAGCAUAGAGGAUAACGUGAACGUGGUGGGCGUUAUGUCUAACUACUCAAAAGAUGGGAACGCCUUCAGUGUGUUUCUUGUUGGGAAGGGCUACGGAAGCCUCGACAGUACAAAACUCAUCAGCACACGAAUCCUUCAGGACUUCCGUGAUUGGGUCGUGUUUGAGAGCAUCAUUGAGGCAUCUACGGUUCAGACGACGCCAUUUGUUCCCAAGUACCUGCAUGACUUCCGCCUUGCCUUCAAAGAUAAUGGUUUUGUUUAUUUCCUCUUUUCAAGGACACUUGAUGGUACGGAUAAUAAAAAUCUGACCUUUGUGUCUCGUCUUUGCGAAGACGACCACCAUUACUACUCCCACACGGAGCUCCAGUUGAACUGCGGCCAAAAUAACCGAUACAACAAAGUCCAAGCUGCGUAUGUGGCCUCUCCAGGAAAAGAGCUUGCGAGGGCCAUGACUGAAUUAGGUGGGUAUGGGAAGGUCGACUACUGGAACAAAGUUCUGUUCAUGGUGGCAAGUCCAGAUGACGACCCCAGCGACUCCGCUCUCUGCAUGUACCCACUCAACUCCAUCAAUGAGCGACUGGUGGACAUCAUCAGCGCCUGCUACAGCGACUCUGGGAAAAUGUCCGGGGUCCCUGCUGUGGACAUCCCUUACUCAUCUAAAACUGACGAAUUCUGCACAUCCAAAAUUGCGAAGCAUACAUUGGCAAACUACAAGUGUGGCGCAGACUUUCUGCCUUCCCCUCUAGCCAGCAAGCCAAAAUUUGCCCUAAAGGCAAAUGCGGUGUGGACCAAACCUGGCCUUCUGACCGCCGUUGCUGUUGCUGUGGAGAAUGAUCACACCAUCGCCUUCUUGGGGAACACCCAGGGGGAGGUCUUCAAGGUACACCUGACCACGGAGCCAGACAUGUAUAGUAUGACGCCUGGCGACACCAUGGGAGAGAAGGUCAACAAGAACCUUUUCUUUGACCUCAGUCAAAGCCACCUUUACAUUACCACAGAGAAAAAGAUCACCAAGGUGCCGGUACAGACGUGCCUCCAAAAGCAAGACUGCCAAUCAUGUGUGGAAUUGAGGGACCCUUACUGUGGCUGGUGUGUCCUGGAGGGCAGGUGUACCAGGAGGUCUGAGUGCCGACGGGCAGAAGAGAAGAAUGGCUGGCUGUGGAGCCCCAGGCAGGAUUGUGUCAAGAUCGUCUCCUUCUAUCCCCCGAACCUUUCCUGUAAAAAGACUCAAAAGGUGAAGAUCAACAUCCGCUACCUUCCUGCAAUCGGGCUUGCUGACCGUCUGCGCUGCUCCAUUGAGUCUUUCAAUAGUGAGGGCAUGAUGUCUGACUCUGGUGAGGUCUCCUGCGAUCUCCCCAACCCAUUGCUUAUACCACAUACACCUGAGGACCAAGACUUUGUGGCUGUGGCGCUCAGAAUUUUCGUCAACGAGACGGUGGAGCUUGCCACGCGGGAGUUCAAGUUCUACAACUGUGCUGCCACAGUGAGGAAAUCUGAAAACACACCGUGCAUGUCCUGUGUGGCCAGUUUGUGGGGCUGCCAGUGGAACACACAUGACCACACCUGCAGCGACAUGGAUGACAGCGCGGUGGGUGCCAACAUCAUCAAGCAACGUCAGGGAGCGAACUGUCCUCGGUUUGAGAAUCCAGAUCCUGUGCUGAUCCCGGUGGGCUUCAAGACUCGUAUCAGCUUUGAGGGAAUGCAUUUGGACCUCUACCAGGCUCGUGUUUUCACCAUCGGCACUGAGCUGAUGAGAAAUGUGGAAGAGGAGGUUAAUUUUGAGGAUGGGCCGUUCUACACCUUCAGCGGCUUCGAUUUUUCUUACGACAAGUCACCGGAGACCAAUGUUCUCUUCUAUGUGAAGGACAAGGAGUCGGGCAAGAAGAUGGACAGCACACUGAACGUCACCCUGUACAACUGCUCCAUGGGGAGAGAGGACUGUAGUCUCUGUAAGAACGCAGACCCAAAGUACAGGUGUGUGUGGUGUGCCAAGCAGAAAGCGUGUGUGUACGAGAAGCUGUGCAAUCCUGACCAGCAAGGGUCCAAGGAUCUUUACAACACGGAGUGCCCCGAUCCCCAGAUCACUGAUAUCAUCCCUCGUUUCGGCCCCCUGCAGGGAGGAAUCUCCAUCACCAUCCGGGGCUCCAAUCUCGGCAUCCACAAGGAAGACAUUAAAAGCAUAAGCGUGGUCGGGGUGCCCUGUAUCCAUCGGCAGGAGAAGUACUCCGUUUCCACAAGCGUGGUGUGUGAGAUUGGCCCUGUUGACCCCAAGAACACCUGGGGCCAGGUGGAGGUGGAGGUGAAGGGGGGAAAGAGAGGAUCCUCCUCCAUUGUCUUCACCUACAGGGACCCAAUUCCAGAGAUGGUGGAACCCUCAAGAGGUCCGAAAGCUGGGGGCACCCUCAUUACAAUUUCUGGAACAUUUCUGAACACAGGCAGUAUGGAUGAUGUCCAGGUUACCAUCGGAGGGGUGGAUUGCACUGUGGAGCAAUUCGGAGAAGAGAUCACCUGCAGGACAGGGGAAUACGGAACAGAUAAGGUGCCCUCCGACCCUCUCACCAUCACAGUGAGAUAUGGAAAGAGUACCACAACAACCAUCCCAAGUGCCUUCCAAUUCUUGGAAAAUCCCAUCAUGCUAGACCACCACCCCAAAGAAAGCUUUGUCUGUGGAGGGAGAAACAUUGUGGUGAGCGGCUCCGGCUUUAACCUAAUCCAGACUGCGGUCCUGAAGGUCCAUGGAGAUAACUUUGAAGCUUUUGAGGAAGCCCACGAGAAGAACGACACAGUCAUCCAGUUUUUGUCUCCAACGGUAAACAGUUCCCUGAACCAGCCCUUUAAAACCUACAUCCAGCUUGACAACUGGGAGAAGGAACUGAAGCCCUUCGACUACCAACCUAACCCCAUCUUCAACAAGCUGACCAAGAAGGUCAUCACUGAGGCCAGCAUCAUCAUCGUCACUGGUCGAGGAUUCUCCAAAGCCAUGACGGCCAAAGAGGCUAAAGCAUUUGUGGGUGAUGUUCCCUGUCUGGUCAACACGCUUCAGGAUGACAAGCUGUUUCUGGACCCACCUUCCACCAUGCCCAGCGCUCGCUCCAGACGGCACCGCCGAGACACCCGGCCCGAGCUGCUGGACUUAAUGAUCAAGUUUGGGAAAGGGGAGUGGGUGGUCGAUUCGGUACAGUACGAGAAGAAGAAUGAUUUGUCACUCUACAUCAUCAUCCCUGCUGUCAUUGUGCCCAUGUUGCUCAUUAUCGCUAUCUCUGUCUACUGCUACAGGAGAAAGAGUCAACAGGCAGAGAGGGAGUACGAGAAGGUAAAACAUCAGCUUGAGAAUCUGGAAGAGAGCGUACGGGAUCGCUGCAAGAAAGAAUUCACAGACUUGAUGAUCGAGAUGGAGGACCACACUAACGAACUGAGCGAGGGACGAAUCCCGUUCCUGGACUAUAAAACCUACACCGACCGUGUCUUCUUCCUGCCCUCGAAAGACGGUGCCAAUGAUGUGAUGAUCACAGGAAAGCUCAACAUCCCAGAGGCUCGACGGGCCACAGUGACUCAGGCGCUCAACCAGUUCUCCAACCUCCUGAACUCAAAGACCUUCCUCAUUAAUUUUAUCCGUACCCUGGAGCGCAGUCAUGACUUCAACGCAAGGGCCAAGGUGUACUUUGCCUCCCUGCUGACCGUGGCUCUGCAUGGGAAACUAGAAUACUACACCGACAUUAUGAGAACACUGCUGCUGGAGCUGAUGGAUGAAUACGUCAACAGCAAGAACCCUAAACUCAUGCUGCGCAGGUCAGAGACUGUGGUGGAGAGGAUGCUGUGUAAUUGGAUGUCUAUCUGCCUUUACCAGUUUUUGAAGGACUCUGCAGGCGAGCCCUUGUACAAACUGUUCCGAGCCAUCAAGCACCAGAUUGAGAAAGGGCCUGUUGACGCCAGAGUGAAGAAAGCCAAGUACACCCUCAACGACACGGGCCUGUUGGGCGACGAUGUAGAGUACUCUGUCCUGACCCUGCAAGUGCUGGUGCAGGGCGAGGGUCCAGAUGUGACGCCCGUCAAGGUGCUGAGCUGUGACACCAUCUCGCAGGUGAAAGAGAAGAUCAUAGAGCAGGUGUACAGGAACCUGCCAUACUCCCAGCGGCCUAAGGUCGACAGUGUCACAUUGGAGUGGCGCCCGGGCUCAACAGGGCAGAUUUUGUCAGAUCUGGACUUAACUUCCCAGAAAGAGGGCCGGUGGAAGCGCAUCAACACUUUGGCACACUAUAACGUGCGAGAUAACGCCACAUUAGUCUUGUCAAGCGUGCUUCACAUUCAGCAGAACUAUGACCAGAACCAGGAAAACCAUGAAGAGCGGAAUGCUCUGUUGGAAGAUGACAAGGUGUUUCACUUGGUGAGGCCGGCAGACGAACUGGAUGAGAUGAAAUCUAAACGAGGAAGCAUAAAGGACAAGUCGAUGACCAAAGCCAUUACAGAGAUCUAUUUAACAAGACUCCUUUCUGUCAAGGGAACACUGCAGCAGUUUGUGGAUGACUUCUUCCGCAGCGUGCUGUGCUCUGGGGCAGUGGUGCCACCGGCUGUCAAAUAUUUUUUUGACUUCCUGGAUGAGCAGGCGCUGAAACACAACAAUGUGGAUGAGGAGACCAUCCAUAUCUGGAAGACUAAUAGCCUUCCUCUGCGGUUCUGGGUGAACAUCCUCAAGAAUCCCCACUUCACAUUUGACGUCCACGUGUCUGAAGUGGUGGACGCCUCGCUCUCUGUCAUCGCCCAGACCUUCAUGGAUGCCUGCACCAAGAGCGAGCACAAACUCAGCCGGGACUCUCCAAGUAACAAACUACUCUAUGCAAAGGAGAUCUCCACCUAUAAGAAGAUGGUGGACGAUUACUACAAGGGCAUCAGGCAGAUGGUUCCCGUCAGUGAUCAGGACAUGAACACUCAUCUGGCAGAAGUGUCACGGUCUCACACAGACAAACUGAACACACAAGUGGCUCUCCAUCAGCUUUACCAGUAUGCCAGCAAAUACUAUGAUGGGAUCAUCGCAUCCCUAGAGGAGGACCCAGCUGCCCAGAGUAAACAGCUGACCCUGCGGCUCCAGCAGAUAGCAGCCGCCCUGGAAAACAAAGUGACUGAUCUCUAACCCACCAAGUGGAGGGAGGGAGGGAGUAAGGGGAAUGGUAGGAUACCGCCAGUGACUGCAGGGGCUUAUUUCUUCUUUUAGAGAAUAAAACAUGGAAAUAAGGAAAGGUGAUAAGGGACUCAUAUUGUACAACUUGGCCUUGGGACAAUUUUCUGUGCUGUGGAGUAACAGGGACUAAUUAAAUGCAGAUAGAGAGCAAAAAAGGGAAGAGAAUGAUGGGUUACACUGUCAUUGGUACGCCUUAAAGCUCACUUGCCGAACCUUAAAGGUCUGCGCGCUCACUCUUGCUUCACUGAAUAUUGCUCCCACAAUGCAGUGCGGUAGACCUCUCACUGAGAAUUAAGCCCCUCCGUGGAGCACUGGCACAGGCGAUAAUCAGAUGUUCAAUUUCUUUCUGUGUAGAAAAGGUUUUAAGAAUUGUAUUAUAUAUUUUUUUUAUUGUGCAGUCUUUAUGCGGAAAGCUUUAUAAGGAAAAGAAUUAUCUUUUUAAAUGGAUCACCUUGUGGUGCGGAUAGUGUUUUUAUUAGCCUGUGUGUGCGUAGAUGUCUGUGUGAAGUACACCAUGUGAACAAGAGUGUGCGUUGCUAGAUUUGAGUGUGUGUGAAUGUGUGGGAAUGUGUGUGCACACACAGGAUGCCUACUGUCAGGCGUGAGGGCGAAGGGACGCCUGCUUUGUCAUUUUAUUCCCCCAUACCCAGUGACACACUGGAGCCUGCGCUCUCACCGAGCUCACCAAAGGGUCUCAUAAGGACACUGGUUAGCAAUUUACAGGCUCAUAUGACUGACAGGUCACCAGUAGUUUCAGAAAUGUUUGAGUUAAAUGAUUUGCUUUUGACUCAGAUUUGCUUCAAGCUGGAUUGCCAUUUGUGCUUGUGGAAUUCGAUAAUAGCCCAGUCUGUCUCCCUUUAUUGUACAGUGCCAUGAUACAUUCCACUUCAACUAAAGCACAGGACAUUUCAAAAGUGUUUUAAGAUAUUUCAGUUAUUGACUGUUUCCAAAUAUUUGUUUUUGGCAUAAAACUUUUUUUUUUUAAGUAUCAGCAAAAAGCAACUUUAUUCUGCUAUGGAGCCAAGCCACUCAUAUUAGCCCUGCAAUAAUGUCAGAAUACUAUGAGCCACAAUUGACAGUUACAUUAGCUCACUAAAUGUAUUCAAAUACAGUAGCAAUUCAGCAAUAUGUUAGAGAAAUUUCCAAAUUGAUUCAUGCAUUGUUAAGCGUGAUUUAUGGUUCUGCGGAGGCUCCACACAGAGCUUUCGCCGUAGCCUACGUAAGUGGCCUGAAGUUUAUACUUGUGCGUUAGUGUGUACGUCGAUCUCUUUAAGAGAAUAGCAGGGCCGGCAUGUGUAGGUGCAUGGGGAGUGUGUGGUAGAGUGAGUGAGCGAGUACCAGCUAUAGUGUCAUAGUGAGAGAAACAAAGUGUCUCCCCUGUGCUUUCUGACCACGGUGGGAAAUCUGUAGCAGGAAAAGUUAAC